UUUUUUUGUUACUUGUUUUUGUUCAAUUCAUAAUGUUUUCAAUUGUGAUAACUCAUAUUUUAGGUUUAAUAAUUGUUGAAAUGGUUGGUCCAACCUUGUGUUUCAUACCAUCCAGAAUACCGACUCAAGCGCUUCCCAAACCAUUUGUAUUUAAUCAAUCUUCCUCGACAUCUCUGGAAACAACAACAGAAAUGCCAUUAACCAAGCUUCAUAUUGGAGGUUUAUUUCCAAUGACUGGGACUGGAGGUUGGCUCGGAGGCCAAGGUUGUCAACCAGCAGUGGAAAUGGCACUGGAAGAUGUAAAUAGUAGACCGGAUUUACUCCCGGGUUAUUAUCUUUCCCUUACUCCAAACGAUAGUAAGUGUGAUUCUGGUUUAGCCUCUGCUUUACUUUAUGAACUCGUCUAUGAGCCACCAACUAAAAUAAUGAUACUGGGUGGUUGUUCAAUUGUAUGCUCAACAAUUGCUGAAACAGCUAAAAUGUACAAUCUCGUAGUCUUUGGUUAUGGAUCCUCAUCUCCAGCUUUAUCUAAUCGAAGUCGCUUCCCAACCUUCUUCCGCACACAUCCAUCUGCAACUAUACACAAUCCAACUCGAGUUAAGCUUUUCAAGGAAUUCAAGUGGCAAAGGAUUGCAAUAAUUCUCGAAGCUGAAGAAGUUUUUGUCACCACUGCCAAAGAUUUGGAGUAUCAAUGUAAAAAGGCUGGAAUUGAAGUUUUGACUCGAGUAACAUUCCUUUCUGAUCCAUCGGAUGCCGUCAAAAGCUUGGCUCGACAAGACGCACGAAUAAUUGUAGGCAUAUUUUACGGUGGUGAAGCACGUAAAGUCAUGUGUGAAGCAUAUAAACAAAAUCUUUACGGAAAACAAUAUGUUUGGUUUCUUCUUGGUUGGUAUGAAGAUAACUGGUAUUUACCAGUGAAAGGACUCAAUUGUACCAAAGAAGAGAUGCUCAAAGUGGUCCAGGGCCAUUUUACGACAGAAGCCAUUAUUUUGAAUCGAGACAAUAAACAAACAGUUGCUGGUAUAACUGCCCAACAAUGGCUGGAUAAAUAUCAUCAACGUUUGAACCAAAAUUUAGGAACUUCUGUAAGACCUGAAGGUUACCAAGAAGCUCCGUUAGCCUACGAUGCAAUUUGGGCCGUGGCCUUAGCUUUAAAUGCGACUAUGCACAAACUUAAGAAACGCGGGAUCGCCAUCGAAAGCUUCAAUUAUGAAAAUAAAUUGAUUAGCCAAGAGAUUCAAAAUUCAUUGCGAGACACUUUUUUUCUAGGAGUAUCGGGUGAAGUCAAAUUCACUGAUGAAGGUGAUCGUAUAGCUUUAACUCAAAUUGAACAAAUGGUCAAUGGUAAUUACAAUUUGCUGGGCUAUUAUGAUACUCAAGAUGAUAAUUUAAGUUGGGCGAGUGCACCUCAAUGGCUUGAAACUGGAUCACCACCAAAAGAUCGAACAGUAAUUGUUGAACAACUGAAAACAGUUUCACUCUCCUUUUUUGUAACCCUCAACGCAAUAGCCGCCAUAGGAAUUAUCUGGUCAAUCGGACUUAUCUGCUUUAAUUUCAAAUUUAGAAAAUUUCGAUACAUCCAAAUGUCACAACCAUUAUCCAAUUAUAUAAUGUUGGUAGGAUGUAUCGGCUGUUUAUCCUCAGUGAUACUUUUUGGCCUGGACAGUCAAAAGAUUAAUGCGAGAGAUUUCACCAAACUCUGUCAUAGUCGAGCUGUGUUACUUUCAAUAAGUUUCUCUCUCUUUUUCGGAGCCAUGUUCACAAAGGUCUGGUUUGCAUACAGAUUAUCCACUCAAUUGGAGCAAUCGAGUAAAUCAAAGCAAAAGGUUGAGAAUGCUCAGGUAGUCUUGAUGAUAUCUUUAUUCUGCUUGAUUGAUGUCGCAAUUUUGACCAGUUGGUUUAUCAAAAGCCCAAUGAUCCGGAUAACUGAAAAGCUGGAACAAGAAGAUGUAGAUCCAAAUGAUGAAAAUAUCAAGAUUGUUCGGCGAUUAGAACGAUGUGACGCCAAUCUAGUUUGGUAUUGCAUUCUCUUCGGUUAUAAGGGCCUUCUUCUACUUUUUGGCCUCUUUUUAGCCUACGAAACUCGAAGUGUUAAAUUGAAGCGACUCAAUGAUUCUAGACUCGUUGGUAUGAGUAUAUACAAUGUUGUUAUCCUUUGUAUGAUUACUGGCCCGGUAUCACUUGUUAUAGUUAACCAUGUAGAUGCUCACUUCGCCUUCAUAACAUUCACUAUAAUCUUCUGCUGUUUCAUCUCCAUGGCACUGAUAUUUAUACCCAAAAUAGUUGAGCUGGUUAGGAAGCGCGGUUCCCAUCUUUCCUUUGGUGGGUCCUACAUGAAUGGAACUUUCCAUGAGACACUAACAAUUCAAGAACAGGAAGAAAGGUUGAAAAAGCUAACCUUAGAAAAUGAAGAACUUCAGGCCAAAAUAGCUGAAAAAGAGUCUCAAAUUGACGAAGUACGUAAACAAAUGGAAGAAAUAAUGAAAAAGAAGGAAAGCGAACCAAAACACACGAAAAAAGCUGUACGAAUUCAAGAGCCUGAUGAACCAAGGACUAUUGGUACAAUCCAUGUUGACCCAGCAACUGACUCAGGUUAUCAAUCUGCUCGUGGCUCCAGACCAUCAGAUUUUGAAAUAUCAGAAUCAUAUCUUUGAACCAAAACAAUCAAAAUUGAAACAUAAGAUAAUGGUUGCUCAGCUUAAAACAAAGGUGAUUCAAGUGCUUAUUUUGAACGUAAGGUUGUGCUGCGUUGACUGCUAAUCAAAGAGUAGAGAAGCUCUAAUCUUCUUAGCUGCUAAUGCUAAGAAGUUGGAUUAUAAAAUUGGCUGAAGGCUUUUAUUCAACGAGUAUUUCUGGUUAUAAUUGUAUCAGAAGAGACCAAAUUAAUAAUUAUUCAAAAUGAGAUUUAUAUCAAAUUUUACCCUUGCCUAAUCCAUUGAUCAAUUGAAUGUUGGUUAACCAUUUCAAAAUGUUUCAACGCAAUAUUCAACCUGAACAUUUCUCAACAUCUGUAAUCAUUUGGAGCACCUUAAAACCCUGUGAUAAUUCAUUAAAUGGUGGUUAAUCUGACUCAAAUGAAAUAAUUCAUCAAUCUCUACCUUAAAAUUGUUGAACAAUGGAUUGGAAAACUCAUUGUUAGUCAACAAUUUCCUAUCUAGUAUAUCAUGCUCAUGAAAAGACCAUCAACUCUUUCAUCUCAUUCCAUCUUCACCUGCUAUUCAACACAAUCCAUUGUUAACAUUCAUCAUCCAUUUGUACAAAUCAUUGUUUUUUUUGGUUUCGCACUCAAAAAAUGUACAUUGAAAAUUUUCGAACAAGUCAAGCAAUUGGAUUAAAUCAACGCAACAGUAUCAAUUGCCUGAACGGCUAACACUCAGCAAACCCCAACCUGCCAAACUAGAAUCUUUAAUUUUACCCAUUUGAAUAAUAUUUUUACUGUGUUUCCAUGGUGUAGCGGUCCAUUCAAUUAACAAGCAUGAUCGAUCGGCACUGAGUGGCAUCGAUCUAGGAAUUGAUCUACCAAUCCAAUGCAACAUUUAGCCAGCACAAACAUCUGUAAUUGAAAGCCAUUACAAAUACUGAAUGGACUUGAUUCCCAAAGAUGUUCACUCAUUGAUUAUUUUAGUUGCUUUCCUAAAUUAUCGAGUCACCAUCAACACUGGUUUUGUUAAACAGUAAACCACUUGUUAAUUUAGUUGAUCAUUUUUUUAUCGCAUUGUAUCUUAUUCAAACUGAUCAAAUGAAUGCAAAUCUGUUCAUCACCCUACAAUACAAAAUCAAUUGUAAAUAAAUAAUUUAUGGCAUUUUUUAUUAAAACACAAAUUGAAACAAA